UCAUCAAAAGAAAGCAAACCAACUCUCUAAACUAGUAGAGAAUCUUUCCUCUUCUUAGUUGCACCUUCCUUCACUAUACCAAAAUUUCAAAUAUUUUCCUGGCAGUUACAUGGUCACCACCACUACCAUUUCCAUUCCAACCGCCGCCACCAUAACCACUACUUCUGAUCGUACUGAUGAUUUCGAGUCUCUCCUUCGAUUUGAAAUUCUUCCUCACAAUCAUACAUAUUCGUCUUCAUCCCAACCUAAGACUCAAUAUGCCUGGGACCGAAUUUCCGGGAAAAUUUAUAUCGAUGGAGUUCUUGCUAAGAUGAAGCAAAUCCACACGCCACCAACUUCAGUUGCUACGGGUUCAUCAUCACCUCAAUAUCAUGGUCAUGACCAAUGCUCUGUUACAGAAGCACAACAACAAGAAGUUGGUCCCAUUAACGUUGCCGAUUUCUCUUGUGCUUAUGUUUCUAAUGCUGUUGCUGAUGCGCAAGCCGCUUCUUCUCAACUAAACAUGGAUAACAGAACUGAUGAAAGUGAACAGCUGAUAGACACUCACCUUCAGGCAGAUGACAACACUCCAGUGAUACUAGCUGCCUCCAGCGUUGUUACUUCUGAUGCAUUUGCUUCUCAAAACUCGGAAAUCAUUGCUAUCGAUACUGAUCACCAUCACAAUAACAUGGAACAGAACGUUGUUCAUGUUGACGACGAUCAAUCAGUGGUGGCACCAUUAAUAACCAGCACCCUUAUCAGCAAGGAAAUUCUAUCUAGUAUUGUCAAGGAUAGGAACUUCCGCGUCCUCCGUGAUCUCGGUGGACUUGAAGGAGUUGCAGCCAAACUUGAUACAAAUUUGGACCACGGAAUUUGUAUUAGUACUGAAGAUCUUCGUAAUAGGAAAAACAGAUACGGUUCAAAUAUCUAUGGGGAAGAGCUACUAAAUACUUCCAGAAGCUUCUUCAACAUUGUACUCAAGCCGACCUUGGUGAACUGGAAUAUUUUCCUUCUUUUGUGUGUUGCAUCCUUGUCUCUUGGGUCUGGAAUCAAGGAAGAUCCAAGGGUAAAUAACCUUGGUUGGUUCGACGGCACAGCAAUAUUUGUGGCCAUCUUCUUGCUGGUAGCAAUACCUGCAUACAGAAACUACAAGGCUUUCCGCAAAUCACAAGACAUACUAAAUUACAUCGAAGUUCUGAGAUGUUUAAAGCGGCAACUGAUUGCUGUUUCCGAAAUCGUGGUAGGUGAUGUGGUGUUCCUGAAAACUGAAGACUGGGUUCCAGCUGAUGGACUGUUCAUAGAUGGUAACAAGUUAAAACUGGACGACGAUGACUCUAGAUAUAUCGACCGUGUUGAGAACCCAUUUCUGUGUUACGGUGCUAAGGUGAUCGAGGGAUCUGGUCACAUGCUUGUUACAUCUGUGGGAAACAACACAUCACUUGGGGAGAUGAUGAUGAGCACAACAACAAAUGAUUGUGACCUGAAAGAGCAAUCACCAUUUCAAGUUAAAUUAGACAAGUUGAGCUCGGCUGUUCAAAAUAUCAGCAUGAUCCUGACUAUCUUCAUCCUUGGAGUAGCGCUCUUGAUGAAAUUGUUUCUAAGAAAAAGAAAUGGGAAGGUUGGUUCCUCUAACCAAAUAAAUAAAAAAUCUGAAAUCCAGGAGUUGACGCGGUCUGUAGAAAAAAUGCUCUCAAAGCGAAGAAGUAUUGGCCGCAGUCUUAAAACUAUGCUUUCGUUGUUGCUAGUUGGAAUACAAGAGGGGUUGCCCUUGAUUUUCACUCUUUUCUUCUUCUUCUGGAAUGAGAAAAUGAAGAAAAACUAUCAAGUCCUAAUUCGCAGACCAUGUCUUGAUGUUAAAAUGGGCUCAGUUACAACUCUAAUUUGCACGAUUGAAGGGCUAAUAACAUCAAAUCAGAUGGAGGUUAGCGUGUUCUACAUAGGCGACCAAGAAGCUAAGCGUGGAGAUGACAUACAGACGUUUGUCACAUCCAAAGACGUUAUUGAAGCCAUCCAUGAUGGAAUAGUUUCUACACUACCUCAAGUACACAUGUUUGAUCAGAAUCUUGCUAGCUCUAUUGAAGACCCACUCCUUCAUUGGCCUGAACUGAAGUUGAGAAUGAAUGAGAUAGAGGUCGAGAGAGGAAGGAGAAAGGUUCUAGCAGCGAAAUCCUUUUGCUUUGGAAAAAGACUAAGUGCUUUUUUGUUGAAGAAGGAUAAUGAUGCAGAGGAAACUAUCCAUCUUCACUGGAAAGGAACUGCUGAGACCAUAUUGGCCAUGUGCUCCACGUGCUAUGAUAAUGGUGGGAUUGUACACCCAAUGGAUGACGAAAAACGAGCUGCAUUUACCCAGCGCAUUGAAAGUAUAGAUACCAAAGGUCUGGAACCCAUUGCAUUUGCUUGUAGACGAAUUGAUAUAGAUGGCAAUGAUGAUGAGGUUGUGGAUUAUAGUGGCUUCCUUUAUGAAGAUGGAUUGACAUGGGUGGGGUUGUUGGGUCUGAAGUACUCUCAUUGUUCAGAUGAAAAAAGCGACGCAGUGGCUGAAUUUCUGAAGGCUGGAGUCAGUAUCAAAUUAGUUUCCUCCCAGAGACUGUCUGUGCUGAAAACUAUAGCCAUGGAGUCUGGUAUCCUUCCGGUGACUGAUCUUGAAGCGGCAAAUUCCAUGAUAGAAGGUGAAGAAUUCAGGAAUCUUUCCAAUGCAGACAGAUUCAAUAUUGUGGAUCAAAUAGUUGUUAUGGGAAGCUCGCUGCCUUCAGACAAACUCCUUUUUGUACAAUGCUUGAAAAAAGAAGGUGAAAUUGUUGCGGUCACUGGAACCACGUUGAGCGAUAGUCCUUCACUAAAAGCAGCUGAUGUAGGGAUCUUGAUGGGCAAAAGGAAUAUCAACUCUGAAAUGGCGAAAGAGAAUUCAGGUAUUGUCAUCUUAGAUAGUGGUAAAUAUUUUAACUCCAUUAAAACUAUCUUGCUAUUUGGCAGAUGUAAUUACCAAAACAUCCGAAAAUUCACCCAGUUCCAGCUUAUCUUCAUAGGUUCUAGCCUAGUAAUAAACUUGGUCACAACAAUAUCAACAGGCGACAGCCCAUUUCCAUCACUUCAGUUACUUUUGGUGAACCUGAUAGUGAGCAGUCUAGCUGCAUUUGCUAUGCUGACAAUUCCACCAAAAACCGAAGAACUAUUGGAGAUGAAACCAAUAAAACACUCUGAUGAACCCCUUAUUUCAAAACCUAUGUGGAGGAACAUACUUGUUCAUGUUUGCUAUCAAGCAGUGGUUUUGCUAAGUUUUCAGUUCAUCAAGACAGGGUUAAGUGAUAGUGUAAAGAGCGCCAUAAUUUUCAACGGGUUCGUUCUUUACAACAUUUUGAAUCAACUCAGUGCAAGAGACAUUGAGAAGAAGAACGUGUUCAAGGGAUUAUCCUGUUUUUUUGAAGGAAAAACGUAUCGGUUUCUAGUGGCUGUGGGAGUUCCAAUUUUCUUGCUAGUGGUAGUGAUGGAGUUUGCUGCAAAGUAUACAGAUGUUGCAAAACUGACGCUGUUUCAGUGGGUUAUUUGUUUUGUAUUUGCAUUCACUUCGCUUCCUGUGGAUUGUAUUGGGAAGUACUUGUUACCAUCAGCAUGUUUCUUCACAAACAUAGGAAAUUAGGGUCUCCUUGCAGCCCCCCAAGCCAUGCAUCCCCUGUGUAUAUGCACCUUCUAGAUGUGUCAACAUUUGUAUCAUGAAGUAUAAUAAUGUUCAUGCAUAUCCAAAAUAAGAAAUGUAUAUAGGUAUAUGACAUGAUGUUACAAUGUAUAUUAGUCCAUAUAUACAUACUACAUUCACAGAAAUUGGAAUGUGAUGUUACAUGCAUUGCUGAUCAUGGUAGUAAAGUGAAGAUGCGCAGUAAUGCUUGUAAUUGUUAUGAUAAUGUACAUAUAA